AUGGAUAUUAUCGAAGAGUCUAGUCAAGAUACCAUACUGGACAGUCAGGUUUCCCAAGACCUGUUUGCAGAUGUGGUGCCAAAUUAUGACAACCACGCCCAGGUUAACCCUUCAGAUAUCAAGGAAAUUUUGAAAGAGUUAAGAAACCUGCGCGCAGAGGUUGAGGAGCUGAAAUCGUUGAUGAAGCAACCAAACCAGACUUUCCAGAUGUCUGCCUGCUCAUUCAAAGACACACUUCAUCACUUCCUCAGAAACCUCUUUACCAAAACUUUGUGGCUAAAGGUGAAAGAUGAGGAAUUUCAGGCGGAAGUGAAGAAAUGUUUGGCAAAUGAGGGGUUUGGCACUGACAGCAGCGCAUUUAGAAAGGUCUGCUCCUUCUCCUAUGUCAAAUUUACUGAAUUCAGGAGCCAGUUGAAAAGAAGUCUGACAAUGAAAACCAGAAAAACUGACCUGCGUGGCCUAAAUCUUAAUGAAUUUUGCAGAGCCAUCUUUGAGCCUUUCUGCAGGGCAGGGGAAAAUGUCUGUUCCCAAGAAAGGAGGAACAAUGCCCUACUCAUUAGAACUUUCAUGUAUCGCCAAAAAGAAUUCACUCUAGACGCUGCCCAAAUGCCGACCAGUGCCCUUUCUUGGGAAGAUUUUAAAGCAUUUCAUGACACUCAUGACAGCCAGGGAAAUUCAGAGAGGCGUCAGAAAAUGGAGGAAAACGAUGGCAAGAGGAGGAGCAGAUUUUUGAGUGCUCGAGAAGCAACCCAGUCCGAGAAGUAAAGUUUGAGCAUGGACUAGCUGAGCUGUCUAUCAAUCAGAAUAUUGAUGUCAUUUUAAAUUGUACACAAAUAAAUACAGAAUUGAU